AUGGCGUUCCCCUUGCUCACCGCCCUGGCCGUGGCGUUCCUGUCACUCUGCCAUCCCUCGGGCUCCUCCACCGCUCACUAUGACAAGAUCUUGUCCCACAGCCGGAUCCGGGCACGCACUCAGGGCCCAAAUGUCUGUGCUCUCCAGCAAGUUAUGGGGACCAACAAGAAAUACUUCAGUACCUGCAGGAACUGGUACCAGGGAGCCAUCUGCGGGAAGAAAGCAACCGUCUUAUAUGAAUGCUGCCCCGGCUAUAUGAAGAUGGAUGGAGAGCGCGGAUGCCCCGCAGUUGCUCCCAUCGAUCACGUGUAUGGCACUUUGGGGAUUGUGGGAGCGACGUCUACUCAACGAUACUCUGACAUGUCCAAACUACGAGAAGAGAUCGAAGGGCCCGGUUCUUACACGUUCUUUGCCCCCAGUAAUGAAGCCUGGGACCUCUUGGAUCGGGAAAUCCAUGAUGGCCUGAUUGAAAACGUCAACAUUGAGCUGUACAAUGCCCUCCACAACCACAUGGUCAACAAGCGCUUGUUGACGAAGGACCUAAGGAAUGGCCUGACGGUGGUGUCCAUGUAUAAUGACCAAACCCUGCAUAUCAAUCACUAUCCCAACGGUGUUGUUACUGUGAACUGUGCCCGAAUCAUCCAUGGCAACCAGAUUGCCACAAAUGGCGUGGUUCAUGUUAUCGACCGGGUGCUGACCCCAGUUGGAAAUACCAUUCAAGAUGUCAUUGAGGCAGAAGACGACCUCUCAUCUCUCAGGGCUGCCGCCAUUGCCUCAGGUGUGAUGGACACCCUUGGGAAACCCGGUCAUUACACCCUCUUUGCUCCCACCAACGACGCUUUCGCUAAACUUCCUCGCGGUGUGCUGGAAAGGAUCAUGGGUGACAGCGUGGCUUCUGAAGCUCUUAUGAAGUUCCAUGUUUUGAACACCCUUCAGUGUUCUGAAGCGAUCACGGGUGGGGCUGUCUUCGAGACUCUGGAAGGAAACACCGUCGAAGUUGGCUGCGACGGAGAAAGCCUGACCGUGAACGGAGUGAAAAUGGUCAGCCGAAAAGACAUCGUGACAACCAACGGUGUCAUUCACCUCAUAGACGAUGUGCUGAUUCCUGACUCUGCAAAACAGGUUAUCGAGCUGGCUGGCCCCCAGCAGGCCACAUUCAAAGACUUGGUCGCUCAGCUGGGCUUGGCUUCAUCUCUCAGGCCGGAAGCGGAAUACACUCUGCUUGCUCCAGUGAAUGGGGCCUUUUCUGAGGACACCUUAACCAUGGACCAGAGAAUUCUCAAACUGAUCCUCCAGAACCACAUUUUGAAAGUGAAAGUUGGACUGAAUGAGCUCUACAAUGGACAGUUCUUGGAGACCCUGGGAGGAAAGAAACUGAGAGUGUUUGUGUAUCGUACCGCUGUAUGUAUUGAAAAUUCAUGCAUGAUCCGAGGAAGCAAAGAGGGAAGGAAUGGAUUCAUUCAUGUUUUCAGGGAGAUUAUCCAACCAUCAGAAAAAAGUCUUUAUGAAGUAUUGCAAACCGAUAAACGAUUCAGCAUAUUCCUGAGCCUAGUGGAUGCUGCGGAUUUGCAAGAGGUCCUGUCCCAGGAAGGAGCCUGGACUCUGUUUGUCCCGACCAAUGAUGCUUUUAAAGGCUUGACUGAACAAGAGAAACAGACCCUGAUCAGAGACACCAACGCACUCAGGAACAUUUUGCUUUAUCACUUGAUUCGGGGAGUUUUCAUCGGAAACGGAUUUGAGCCAGGUGUGACCAACAUUCUCAAAAGUAUCCAAGGAGGCAAAGUGUACUUGAAAGUGGUCAACGACACUCUUCUGGUGAAUGAACUGAAAUCGAAAGAAUCUGAUGUCUUGGCAACCAAUGGAGUUAUUCACACCAUAGACAAACUCCUGUAUCCUGCAGAUGUGCCUGUUGGAAGCAGUGAACUCCUAACCAUUCUGAAAAAACUGAUCAAGUAUAUUCAGAUCAAGUAUGUCAGUGGCUACCGCUAUGAAGAAAUUCCAUGGACACUUUACAUGCCAACCAUUACAAAGAUCACCAAAGUGAUUGAAGGGGAGCCAGAAUUCAAAGUGGUCCGGGGAGGUGAGACAGUAACCAAAGUGAUUCAUGGAGAGCCUAUAAUUAAAAAAUAUACGAAAAUAAUUGAUGGCCGCCCUGUGGAAGUGACUGAAAAACAAGUGACCGAAGAAAGAAUUAUUCAAGGUCCUGAAGUGAAAUAUACUCGAAUCACUUCAACCGGAGGAGCAAAUACUGAGGAAAGCAUCAAGAAACUGCUGGAAGAAGAGGUUACCAAGGUGACCAAACUAAUUGAAGGUGAUGGCCAUUUACUUGAAGAUGAAGAGCUCAAAAGACUUCUCCAGGGAGCUGGAUCUGAGUACACCAAGGUUACUAAAGUAACUGAGGGAGAGCCAAAGAUUAUUGAGACAGAAAUAAAGAAAAUUCAUCUGGAAGAAACACCUGUAAGGAGAGUGCAGACAUCCAGAAGGACACAAGGACCACCAAGGAGAAGAACAAGACUUGUUCGUCCUGCUACGAAAAAGCAGAGUCCACCAAAAGAGAACUGAAACGAU